UUAUCUUUGGCAUGCAUAUUACUUUUCCCUGCAGCUCGUCAAGUCCCAGCCCAAUUUUUUUAUUCUGAUUCCGUGCUGCAUGCAGAGUCUGAAUCCGUAGAAGUGGAGUGGGUGGGCCGCUGACGGACGUUCCGGACGAAUGGACCCCUCGAGCGACAGGAGCUCUUGACAUUAUGACACUUAAAAAGCGCUCCCGGGCUGAGUUUCGAGUUUUGAUAGAGUGAGAAGUGUGCGAUUCUUCGCCCUGCUGCCGAAGACACUACUUUGUUGAGACGAGGCAUUCGCGAGCGUCGCCACCAAGUUCAUCGGCCCUCAGUGAUCAUUUCUCUCAAUGGCGACCGUCGCGCUGCUGGAUCGAGCCUCGCUGCUCUCCUCUGGGCAGAAAAAUGCAUGCGUUCCGGGCUUUGAAAGCCUCCGGGCUCUCACCGGACCCACGAAGUUGAGUCUACAGAAGCGCAGAAAUGCUCCACGCACUGCCACUCGCAAUUCGAGCAGCCGAGUGAACAUGACCUUGACUGUCGACUCGGAUAAGCUGUCCCAACGCACGCGUCCGACGAAGGACCCCGCAUCCCCUGAUUUUCUCCCCAUUCCUCCUUUUGAAGAAUGCUUCCCCAACAGCACCCGGGAGUUCAAGGAAGUUGUACACGAACCCACCAACACGGUCCUGCAGGUUCCUUUCCGUCGGGUUCACCUGUCUGGAGGAGAGCCGCCAUGCGACCUUUACCUCACGAGUGGACCUCAGAAUUUGAAUGCUCGUGCUGGCCUUCCUCACCUCAGAAAGUCGUGGAUUGAGAAGCGAGAAGCGCGUGGGGACGAGAGGUGCACUCAAAUGUACUACGCCAAGCAGGGAAUCAUCACCGAGGAGAUGCUGUACUGCGCUGUCCGUGAGAACCUCGAGCCAGAGUUCGUGCGCUCCGAAGUUGCGCGUGGAAGGGCCAUAAUUCCAUCAAACAAACGCCAUCUUGAGCUGGAGCCUAUGAUCGUCGGGAGAAAGUUCCUCGUGAAGGUGAAUGCCAACAUCGGGAACUCUGCUGUAACAAGCUCAAUCGAAGAGGAGGUCCAGAAGCUCCAGUGGUCGACCAUGUGGGGCGCCGACACGAUCAUGGAUCUUUCCACGGGUCGUCACAUUCACGAGACUCGAGAGUGGAUCAUGCGCAAUUCUCCUGUCCCUGUUGGUACUGUGCCGAUUUACCAAGCUCUGGAAAAAGUUGACGGUAUUGCCGAGAAUUUGACCUGGGAAGUGUUCAGGGAGACGUUGAUCGAGCAGGCGGAGCAAGGUGUCGAUUACUUCACCAUCCAUGCUGGUGUUCUGCUUCGGUUCAUCCCUCUUACGGCCAAGCGGAUGACGGGCAUCGUUUCUCGUGGCGGUUCCAUUCACGCCAAAUGGUGUCUCGCUCAUCACAAGGAGAACUUUGCUUACGAACACUGGGAUGACAUUCUCGACAUCUGCAACAAGUACGACAUAUCCCUCUCAAUCGGAGACGGUUUGAGGCCUGGAUCUAUCUAUGACGCCAAUGACGCUGCCCAAUUCUCGGAGCUCGCCACUCAGGGUGUGCUGACCCGUCGUGCAUGGGAGAAGGACGUGCAAGUGAUGAACGAAGGACCCGGCCACAUUCCCCUGCACAAAAUUCCAGAGAAUAUGGAGAAGCAGUUGGAUUGGUGUAACGAGGCUCCGUUCUACACGCUGGGUCCUUUGACCAUCGACAUCGCUCCGGGAUACGAUCACAUCACGUCAGCAAUCGGAGCUGCAAACAUCGGAGCCCUGGGCACAGCCCUGCUGUGCUAUGUCACCCCCAAAGAGCAUCUGGGACUGCCAAACCGUGAUGACGUCAAAGCCGGCGUGAUCGCCUACAAAAUUGCCGCGCAUGCCGCUGAUCUCGCGAAGCAGCAUCCCCAUGCUCAGGAGUGGGACGACGCGUUGAGCAAGGCGCGGUUCGAGUUCCGAUGGAGGGAUCAGUUUGCACUGUCCCUGGACCCCGUCACAGCGCAGUCUUUCCACGACGAAACGCUGCCGGCCGAGGGGGCCAAGGUGGCUCACUUCUGUUCCAUGUGCGGUCCGAAGUUCUGCUCCAUGAGCAUAACGGAGGAUGUCCGAAAGUACGCCGAAGAACAUGGAUAUGGAGACGCCGACGAAGCCAUCAAGCAGGGCAUGGAGAUGAUGAGUGCUGAAUUUAUGAAUGUGAAGAAGACUAUCAGCGGUGAACAGUGGGGCGAGACGGGAGGAGAAAUCUACGUUCCCGAAAGUUACAUUGCCGGAGCCAACGGCAAAGUUGGCACGAGCUCCUAGGACGACGGCACCAGCGAAAGUCUUGGACUCAGGUGUACCUGAAAGCGAGGAGGGCUGCAUUUGAGCUCCUACUGUGGAGGAGUCUACCCGCAAGCUCUGAACCUGAGAACGAAAUGGGUCGUCGAUGUGUACAAAAUGUAGAUGCUGAAUCUUGUAGCCAUCCUAACUGCAAAUGUAGAAUCAGUUGGUCAGGUAAAUGUACUUGCUCCUGCAUCAUAACCUUGCAGUUUUGAGUUGUGGUCACUGUAAACUUUCAAGGAAAUUACUGGUAGUGGGUAGAUCAUGUAGGGAAGAGCCGAGGCCGUGUGUAGAUCAAGUCGACCUAGUCCGGGAAGACAGACAUGGUUUGUUUUAUGUAUGUCUUGCGCUUAUGUUUCAUAUCACAAUAUAAUGUCCAGGUUAAUCACUUGGGGACGGGAUGUCUGUGUGGUUAUGAUUAUUAAUAAUGUAUUUUUAAGUACUUAGUAGUGGAUUAGUUUGAAAGGAAGUUACAUAUGAGCAUCUGCGUCACCUCGAAAUGCGUCAGAGAGUUGAAACGUGAAGUCAGUUGAAGGAGUUUAUGUCCGCAGGCAUGCAUCGCUUGUUUUGGUGAGGGGUGUUAAAGCAUUUGAAUGUGGCUAAUGAGCCUCGGCACCAGGGGUGCUUGUUCUGUGGUGGCCCUAGCUUUCUUUGCUAGAGCUUCUCACAAGAACAGGCUGAGAGAGUCCCUUCGCACCUGAACAGGAUAAUUCCUGCGUAGGGAGCGUGCCAGACUUCUUUUGCUGUGUUUUGUGCAUGCACAGGCUCUUUGGCUGGCGGAUUGAUUCUUCGCACAGGCUGGUGUGCUUGAUUGGUAAGCUUGAGAGUGCAAAAGAAUGGUCCAUCCCUAGAUGGUUUUUCUUGUUUGCGUGUUUGCGUAUCUGUAGGAAAGGUCUGAGAUUUUAGUGCAAGUUAAGUAGAUCUCCAAUCGUCACGCCUGAUGAAGUGAAAUCUCCGAAACGAGAAUGUUGCGUUGGCCCUAUCUCAGGGUGAUCAUUUGUUUGAUGCUUCGGGUUCGAAAAAAUUUGAAAUAAAAACUUAUACUGGCAUUUCGCACGGCCAAAAGUAUGAGCAAGUUU